UCUUGUUCGUACGAAUAUCUGCAUAAUUGCCACCGACAGUGGCUAAUUCUUCAGAUUCCGCAGCGAUAAUGGAAAUAAUCGCUUUAAAUUCUGUACGCACGAUAUGCUCGACGUCAUUGUGACGUCACGAUGGUUAACCAUUGGUUUUUGUUGGUAAACAUUGCAAUGUGUACCGAUUCGAUUAUCCUAAUUGCCCAAGAAAAGCGCCUUAAAAAUUCAAAUCCUGCGCUGGCCAGCAGGAACGCUCCUGCUGGAAAUAGCGUGUCACUUUCGUUCCCUUUCCAGAUAAAAUUCUAUUCCUGCAAAAUUUAUCGAGCCGCAUAAAGGUUAUCGGAUUUCUUGCUUGAUGGCUCUAAAAAGUUUAAAAUUGCAUGGAUUUUGAAUUUAACCAGUUGAUACCGGAAACAGGUAACGUGAUUUCCCCGGAGGAUACACGCUGAAACAUGACCAGUCCUUUUGUGCAUGUUUCAUAAUUGUCAAUAAUCAGGAUGCAGACUUAUCGAUCUAAAACUUUUCCGGUCGACGGUUCCAUAAUGUGUGUUGGAAAAUAUGUAAACGUUUUAUUAAGCAAUAAACUUGCUGUUUUGCUAUACAUUAAACAACUCCACUUUAGCGCCAAAGGUCAUUAAGGAAUUUCUGUCAAUAAAAGUAAUCAGCAAUUUCCUCCACCUACAUGCGAAAAACUGACAAUAACUCGUAAUUGUUAACAUUAAUCUUUUAUAAACUCUUAUCAACGCCUGCGUACGUGGAACUUUCUUGGCGCCAUUAUUAUGAAAGUCGUGUAAUAACAUUUUAUUGUACGAGACCACUGACUAGUCUUCGACGAGUCGCGUCUGAAAUGAGUGCCUUUUCCUCCCGGAUUCUUCCGGGCUCAGCUGAUUCUAACUACUCUCAGCCUUCUUCGGAUCUGUCGCUGGACGAGGAGAAAGAGACGUUGCGACGGGAGAAGGAACGUCAAGCGCUUAGUCAGUUGGAAAAAGCAAGAACGAAACCGGUAGCAUUUGCUGUUAGAACCAACGUAGCGUAUGACGGUUCAUUGGACGACGAUUCGCCCGUCCAUGGAUACGCAAUUUCUUUCGAAGUUAGGGAUUUUUUACACAUUAAGGAAAAGUACGACAACAAUUGGUGGAUAGGUCGUUUGGUGAAGGAAGGGUGCGAUAUUGGGUUUAUUCCUUCUCCGGUAAAGCUCGAGAAUCUCCGCUUGCAGCAAGCACAGUCGAGGACUACAAAACUCUACUCAAGUAAAACAAGCUCCAGCUCUAAUAUAGGGGCCGCUGGUAACGAUGUUUCCAGAGGUAGCACUCCUCCCACGCCUGGAGACGAGUCUGAUUCAGUUGGUAACGCUCGAUCAGGCAAGCCUCUCACAACGCCUCCGGCAAAAGAGAAGAAGAAACCCUUUUUUAAGAAGCAGGAAGCAACUGCUCCUUACGACGUAGUUCCCUCCAUGAGGCCAGUAGUUCUAGUAGGUCCUUCGUUGAAAGGAUAUGAAGUUACAGAUAUGAUGCAAAAAGCCUUAUUUGAUUUUUUAAAACAUAGGUUUGAAGGAAGAAUAAUUAUCACGCGAGUAAUGGCAGAUAUAUCUUUGGCAAAGCGUUCACUUUUAAAUAAUCCUUCGAAACGGGCGAUAAUGGAACGUUCCACAACUCGCUCAACUUGUUUGUCAGAGGUCCAAGCAGAAAUCGAACGAAUAUUCGAGCUAGCUACAACUUUACAACUUGUGGUGCUGGAUUGUGAUACUAUAAACCAUCCUUCGCAACUUGCCAAAACUUCAUUAGCUCCAUGUAUUGUCUAUCUUAAAAUAACUAGUCCUAAGGUUUUGCAAAGGCUAAUAAAAUCUAGGGGUAAAAGUCAGGCGAGACAUCUGAAUGUACAAAUGGUCGCGUCAGAAAAACUAGCUCAAUGUCCUCCGGAAAUGUUCGACGUGAUCUUGGACGAGAACCAGCUGGAGGAUGCGUGUGAACACAUAGCGGAAUACUUGGAGGCAUAUUGGAGAGCAACUCAUCCUGAAGUGAACGUUUCCAACGUUCCUCGACCCAUUGGUAGUUCACCGCAAGCUUCUCCGAGUGGGGACCAAGGCAGGCCCACACUACCAGCACACCAUGAUGUAUACGGAUACUCUCAUGAUUCUAGAGUUCCCACAUUUCAUACGUCGCACACGAGAAGUAGACAGAGGUUAGAGCGAGAGCGUGAGUAUGAAGAGUACGCCGAACGGGAUAGUUACACUCAUGCAAACACCCAUGGAAUGCCCCACCAUGGAGGCGACGAUUAUCGGAUACCAGCGAGAGACCACAGGGCGGCUCGGGAGGAAGAAUACCCGACACAUAGGGGAUCUUCAAGGAGAGCGCUGAACGCCAUAUAGUGGAGGCUUUCUACGGAACAGCCAAUUGAAGAGGAAAUGCAUGAUGACCUUUCUCCCAGAGCGGAAACUUAUUACAAACCUCAGAUUCCGAAAGAGUACAGAGACGAGCGGCUGCGCCACGACGAGGACCGAAGGCGAGUGGAGGAGGAACGAAGAUACGGCGAGAGGAGCAGAUACCCAGAAGAUCACAGAUACGAAGAUCGGAGAUACGUCGAAGACAGGAAGGCGAUCGAGAAGAGUAAGCAAGAGGGCAGGAACUACCGGAAGGAGCUACUGGAGAGGUUUGCUGAUAUGGAUUUCGAAGAGCAUCAUGACUUCCGAACGCAUCAAAGAUACUACGAAUAAACCAUCUUAGAUAAAUAAAGAUUUUGGCCUAAAUUACUGAAAUUGUGUACAAAUGCAUUCAGAGUAUCUUUGACGCAUUCUUCAAUGGGAUGUUCCGUAAUUGUGAUUAAUUCUUACUAUAAACAUUAAAAAUUUUGACCAGUUUGGUGCCAUAUUUGAGUAAUAGCUCAAUUUUUAAUCAAUCUAUUAUUGACAUAGAAUAUUCAAGCUUUAAACUGUAGCUAUACUUAGGAUUUUUAAAUUUAUUUAUAAGGAAUGGUAUAUUGUUGAAAGCAGUAUAAAUUUAUGUAUUUUAUAUAUUGUAAAAUAGCUUAAAAAAGAACUGAGAUAUUAUACUUUUAACGGAAAGUGUACUCAUCUGUACUGGGUUAUCGUUUCGUUGCGUUCUGUUUCAUAGUUUCAUGAUACCUACGUGAUAUUAACGUCAAGUAUUUGACUGAAUCUAGGAAAUCUAGUCAAGUUGAAGUUUGUGCACUGCUGUUAGAAAUGUUAUGAGAAGUAGAUAAAAUGCAUGAGGCAUCGAGGCUUUUGAAGAAUAGUUACGAAUUCAUGAUAAACCGUAUAAGAUAUCGUAAUAUUUUUUAAUAAAUUACUAGACCUUUUUCCGUGGUUUGUCACCUACCCGACUUGGUUCUCUUACAAAUAAUGUUGAUGACAAUCAAAGUGUGUUUUCUAAUUUAGCGUUAGUUUAGAUCGAUUUGACACCACAAAUAUUCCGAGUUUAGUUAGAAUCUGAUUAGUUAGAAGAUCCCGACGACGUACAAAAUUUUCGUUAAGUGUAGGUGAUAAAACCACCGAAAAUAAAUAGGCUUACAAACUGUACAUUUCGAAACUGCAUGUGCCACUAUAGUGGUAAAUAUCACUGACCAAUUUCACUACACAACAAAAUAUUUGUAUAGGAGUAGAUCUGUGAAAUCCUUUUAGGUUUUGCACUUGGCCCUAACAAAGUUACAAGCGACAAUUAUCAUUUAGUUAGUGUGUUGACGGGUUAGAGGAAUUAUUGUGACUUUGUUAGCUGCAGUUUCUUUUAUUAGUCAACUUAGAACCCCGGUUUUCUUUCAAAUAUUUUAUUGUAUCUAGAGUUAAAUACUUAUAACAAGGUUUCAUAUGCUGUUGAUAUUGAAUGAGUCUAUUGAUAUUUCAAAAUAUAAGUAAUUAAUAUUUAAAUAAAGAGCUAAAAUUUGAUACAUUGUAAAUAGCUAUUAAAUAUUGAAAAAUCUAUACUACUGAGAAAUUGUUUUGUUGAUUUGUAUCGAAUAGCUAGAUUGGGUUUUGUUGUUUGUGUCAUUGAUUUUGUAUAUAAUCUUAGUUGGAUACGUUUAUCUAAAUGCCUUGCUGUUAUACAUGAUUUCUUUUUAUAUAAGUAUCAAUUCAAAUCAUAUGAAUGUAAGAAUAUGGUGAAAGGCACUAUUGAUGUGCAUUUUUUCUAAAUAAAAUACCUAUAUUAAAACGAGAA